ACACAUCUAGCUUCCCUGAUUUUUCAAUCGAACAGGAUUUGUAUAUUCGUAUGAUCUUUUGAAGUGGGAGGAGUGUGCAUUCUUGUAUUCAAAUUUUUUAUUGUAUAAAAUUUUCUCGUGAACAAAUUAUGGAAAAGAAUCUGUGGAAUACGCUGCAGGAAGUCGAGCAAGUCGAGGUUGCUUUUAAGCAGACCUUGAGAAACAUUACCGAUAUCCAGAACCGAUACAAAACGGUUUCGGCCUUGAAGAGCAAGGCCUCCAGGCGCCAGGAAUCCUUCGAGGCGGAGAUCCAAGGUGCCAUUACAGCACCCAAUCCUGCCAAGAAAAGGAGGGUGGUCAAGAAGAGCAAGAUCAAUAUCUUGAAACAGAGGAGUCUGCUACCAAUGCCAGUACCCAAUCUCAGAUCGGAAACUAUCCUGCAGGUGGAGGAGCCUUUUGUGUGUCUCGAAACGAAUUGCGUCUACGAAAUACACAAGACAACCACUCACCUGAUGGCGCGGAAACCAUAUGGAGCUCUCAUCCGGCGACUGUAUCGGUCAGCCAGGCGGAAGAGGAUGUACGACCAGGAGCAGGAACAGGAUCAGGAACAGGUUGAGGAACAGGAUCUGUAUCCAGACAUGGAAUGUUACCACUGCUGCUGCUCAGCGUGUUGCAUAGAGUGCAGAUAAAUUUGUUCGUGAUUGUAUAUAGCAUAUUUUUGGGCUUUCACAAAGCUUCAAAGUUUGUAGCAAGCAUUUUAUGUGAUAAUAAAUAAAUUGUACUUGUCCAAAUGAACAGCAACAGCUAUUUGCUGGCUAGUAAC